AUGGAGAAGGAUCCCACCACUCACAGAAAGCACCGGCCUGGGCCUGGAGCCCUGCCCUCAGGAAUAACCCCUGUAUACCUCAAGGUGGCCAGUGAAGGGGCAGAACUCCAGAGGAGCAGGAGUGUGGGUGGCUUGCACCAGAAGGGGGACCCACCGGUCUGCAUCAGGAAACUGCUACGCAAGGAGCUAGACUCUGAGGACCAAGGUAAAGACCCAAGAAGUGACACGGAUGAUGGCACCUGUCAGGCAAACCUAGAGGAUGACAGGAAGAAAAGGAGCCAGGAUGAGGCAGAAAAAAUGGACCUCAAGUGUGCGAAAAUGGACCCAGAGAAGAGUGACUCGGAGGCCAGCGCCACAGGGGAACAGGACGAUGCCGGCAAAGGAAGAUGUAGCUCUGUGGACGAGGAGCAGCAUGCAGAAUCCAUGAAGCUGGAGAACCUUCUAGAAAAGCAGAAACCAUCUGUGUUUGUGGAGAUCGACCUGGGAGACCAUACUGAGGAGGAGGUAAUCGCCUGCACCAUUAACGAAGAGAAGAGGCUCCCUAACGACACAGGGGACUUGUCUGAAGAUGAGAUAAGGACCAGCUGGGUAUGCUGUAUCCCAUACCACACAAAGAAGAAGUCAAGGGAAAACACCAGUGCUUUGGAGAAGAACCACCAGUCGCCUCAGGACAGGACCCCUCUGACUCAGCCGCUGGUAGAGCUCUCUGGGGACUAA